AACUUUAUUUCCUCAAACACCACUACUGAAGAUGGCGGGCAGUCUGACUCUCUUCGCGGUUCUUCUCCUGCUGGGACAUUCAGCAGCAGCGAGCGAAUGUGUUAAGGGCACGCGCAACUUGGCCAAGGGUCGCUGGGCCAUACAGAGGAACACUAUGUCCGGAGGAGACGCCAGCCGCGCUGUGGAUGGGAACAAAAGUCCCUACUGGUCAAGUAACUCCUGCACCCACACGAAAUUUACUCGCAACCCAUGGUGGCGAGUCGACCUGGGCAGCACUAAGUGUGUGGCCGAGGUGGUCGUCGUUAACCGGAUAGACAGCUGUUGCAACAGAAGGCUGGAAGGCUUCACCGUUCACGUGGGCCAUAGCGGCAAUCCAGCCUUCAACCCUAGCUGUGGGGGACCGCAGUCCGUCAGCAAACAAAACGACAAAGGGGAAAUCAGGGUAGACUGUGGCGGGCUGAGAGGCCAAUAUGUUGGGAUAAGUCUGAAAGGCAACGGAAAAACCCUGACACUCUGUGAGGUGGAGGUCUAUGGAGAGAGUAGGGGCCGGAAGCGAGGAGGAUAUUAUGGAGCACUCACAGGUACAGGCCUCCAUCCGGGUGAUUUGUAG